AUGUCGAUUAAGUUGGCAGAGUAAGUUUAUGUUAUUCCUGACAGUCUUAUAUUGUUUUUGGUUGAUUUUUCUUGAUUUUUAUUGAGUUUUAAGGCAUUUUAAGGUUUAGGUAUUAAAAUGUUGCUUUUCUUAAUUUUACUUAUGUGUAAAUACCUUUUUACUUAUUUUUUAAAUAAGUUAUAUGAUGCUUUUAGGAUUUUAGAUAUUAAUUAAUGUUAUUUUAGUAUUCUACCAGCUCCGGUGAAUGCCCGAGACGACUUGAGUUCUGAAGUAACUAGAGAUAGUUGGUUUAAAGGACGUGAAGAUGCUUUGGAAAACGAAAUCAAAGCUGUUGUGUUGAAAAGUGUCCCACCUUAUGGUCAACGUAGUGCAUAUACUCCAAGAGUUCCUGAGGUGAGUGUUUUAUACUAUUCUUUGUGAUUUUAGGUUUUGAAAUAGAGGGUUGAUAUAAAUCUUUGAAAGUAUUGUUUUUCGAAAGUAAAAACUUUUUAAAAGCUGUGUAAUAGGAAAAGAUUUAAUUUUAGUUGAGCUAAAAGGAAAGAAAAUUUUGUAAAUUACAAUUUGUGCCAUUUUAAGGACUAAUUAGAUAUCUUUUUCAGGACUACGGCGAUGGUGGAGCCUUUCCCGAGAUCCAUAUCGCCCAAUUCCCUUUGGGCAUGGGUUCAGAAACUGGUUUAGCGCGAAAUGUUGGUGCUAACAAGACGUUAGCUCUACAAUACGAUAAAGAUGGGAAGCUACGACAUGAUGCGAUUGCUAAGAUUGGUCAUGGCAAGGAUAAAAUCGUCCAUACUCGUCUACAGAAUACGAAACAACGUGCUAUCGAUCCAGAAGACCCAGAAUUACAACGCCCGAGCCAAGAAGAGAUCGAAGAAACGAUGAGAAAGACAAAAGAACAAAUUGAGAAGAUAACAAAUGCCAAAAUAGCAUCAGCUUUGCCAGUACAACACGCUAAGAAGACCGAACCAGCCCAAUACAUUAGAUAUACUCCAUCACAGCAGAAUUCCGAAGGCACGUCACAGCAGAGGAUUAUACGAAUGGUAGAAGCUCAACGUGAUCCCAUGGAGCCUCCAAGAUUCCAAAUUAACCAAAAGAUUCCUAGAGCACCACCAAGUCCACCAGCACCAGUACUACAUUCUCCACCACGAAAGGUUACACAGAAGGAGCAGGCUGAUUGGAAGAUACCACCAUGUAUAUCAAACUGGAAGAAUCCUAAAGGUUUCACAGUGGGGCUGGAUAAAAGGUUAGCAGCUGAUGGUCGAGGUCUACAACAAGUUCAUAUUAAUGAAAAUUUUGCUAAGUUGUCAGAAGCUCUACAAUUGGCUCAGCGAACGGCCAGAGAAGGCGUGGAAGCCAGGAAUCAAAUGGAGAAGAGAAUCGCGGACAAUAAGAGGUUAGAACAAGAGAAGAAGAUGAUGGAGUUGGCCAAGGAAGCCAGAGCCAAUAGACAACAUAAGAAGCCGCAAGAAGAUGAUGAAGGUGUGGCCAGAAGAGAUGAGAUCAGAAAGGAGAAGAUGGAUGAGAUCAGAAGAGAACGUAACUUGACUAGAGGACGACCAGAUGCCGCCGAGAAGUUGAAACGAGACAGAGAACGAGAUAUCAGUGAAAAGGUGGCUCUAGGGUUACCUGGAACUAAGGAUAAAUCAGGCGAAACUCAAUUUGAUCACAGAUUAUUCAACAAAGAUGCCGGAUUGGAUAGUGGAGCCAUGGAUGAGGAUACGUAUAACGUUUAUGAUCAACCAUGGAGGACAGAGAGCAAUGUUCAAAGCAUUUACAGACCGAGUAGGUUUUGGUUUUGUGUUAUAUUGUUACAUAUUUUUUAAAUUUUAUGACAUUUUUGAAAAAAAUAUGAAAAUUUUAAAAUUUUUAGUACAUUUUGUAAUUUUAUUACCUUUAGUAAUAAUGAUUUUUUAGGAAAACAAGCCGAAAACCCGUACGGUGACGAUCUGGACGAAAUUGUCAAACAAAACCGCUUCCAACCUGACCGAGGAUUCAAAGGCGCCGAACCCGUGCUCAACGCCGCACCCAGAAACGGACCGGUCGAAUUCGAAGUCGAAAAAGACGAUAUUUUCGGUAUUGGAGAUCUGUUCAAAACGAAAGACAAACGAAAAGACACAGAAGAUGCUGGACCAUCGUCCAAGAAAAGCCGACGAUGA